CAAACUGCGUAACUAAGCGCAACAAACCGCCAUGGCGGUCCGAUGCCCAUCUGUCGGUCCUUCAGAAAUAAAACUGUUAGUUCUUGUCCUUCUGCUCCAUAUCUGUUCGGUUCUGGCAGAGGACCUGAAGUGGGAUGAACAUGGCUACGUCCUGUACUGCCCCUGCAUGGGUCGUUUUGGGAACCAGGCGGACCACUUCCUGGGAUCUCUAGCCUUCGCUAAGAUGUUGAACCGAACCCUAGCGGUCCCGCCCUGGAUAGUGUACCGCCACCACACACCCCCUUACACCAAUGUUCAUGUUCCAUACCGUAAGUUCUUCAAACUGGAGGCAUUGUCUGCAUACCACCGUGUGGUCAGUUUGGAGGACUUCAUGGAGUUGCUGGCUCCCAAAUACUGGCCCCCAGGACAGAGGAAGGCCUACUGCUUUGAGACCGCUGCACAAAGGAGCGCAGACAAGAAGUCCUGCCCUAUGAAGGACGGGAAUCCUUUCGGUCCAUUCUGGGACUACGUCGGAGUGGAGUUUGACAAGUCGGUUCUGUUUGGAGGGAUCUCCUUCAGUGCUUUUCAUCAACCUCAGUGGAUGAAGAAAUUCCCGCCCUCUGAUCACCCUGUUUUGGCGUUGCCCGGCGCUCCAGCACAGUUCCCGGUGGUCGAGGAGCACGUGGGCUUGCAGCGCUACGUGGUGUGGUCAGACAAGUUGGCGAAGGAGGGAGAGAAGCACAUCGCCGCCCUGCUGGCCAGACCAUAUGUUGGCAUUCACCUGAGGAUCGGCAUCGACUGGCAAAAUGCCUGCAAACUGCUGGAGAGCGGUGACACUGGGCCUCACUUCAUGGCCUCCCCUCAGUGUGUCGGCUACAAGCGCCAGACGGCCCUUCCCCUCACCAUGACCAUGUGCCUCCCUGACCUGGCAGAGAUCCGCAGGGCCGUCAAACUGUGGGUGAAGAGGACUGCUGCUCGCUCCGUCUACAUCGCCACCGACUCAGAGUCCCACAGCAAAGACAUCGAGAAGCUCUUUAAAGGCAAGGUAAAGGUGGCGAUCCUCCAGCCUGACUCAGCCCAAAUGGACCUGUACAUCUUAGGACAAGCUGACCACUUCAUUGGGAACUGUGUCUCCUCCUUCUCUGCCUUUGUGAAGAGGGAAAGAGAUGUCCGCGGCCUGCCGUCCUCUUUUUUUGGCAUGGACAAACUCAGGAAAGUAAAUCCCAAAGAAGAACUCUGAGAUGCGGACAGUAUCGAUGGGAUAUAAGAGUAGGAUGGAUCAUGAAUUUAAUGUGAACCUUGGGCUGUAAUGUGAGGAAUGAUGAGGAAAGGCUGGGAAAUGGAGCUGCUUCUGUGGAAAUUGUUUUGACAUUUUUCCUCUGCCGAAUGUCUUUCACCACAUUUUGGGCUUCCAGCAGGACCUUAGUGAACCUGUGUCCGUGAUCAUCUUCUGCCUUUUAGGGAGAGAAAACCAGCACUAACUAGGACCAAACACUACUUCUAAACCCUCUGACAGCUGGGGACAGUAUUGGUAUUGUGAACAAACCUUCCAUUAAUGUUUGAAUUCACACCGUUAUAAAAAAGGGUUGCUAAGGAAAUUAUUUUUUUUUCUUUCACCAAUAAAUCAGUAUUUUUGUAAGAAUAGUUUUUUUGAAAUCAUUUUCAUUUAAAGCUCAGCGUUCAGGUUCAUCAGCUGCAUCAGUUUCAUGAAGAUUUCAGUACAUUUCCCACUGCAUGUCAACAUGCAGAACUCCUGUUUUUAAAGGAAGAAGUGGCUAAGUAUCACGUUUUCUAGUGUGGCAGGAAAAAAGGCUGAAAUGUUUGAUUUGAUAUGUGAAUUUUGCUCAUUCUGUGCAAAAAGCAGCCUGAGUUUUGAUUGCUCAGUUUGUAUGGGCAUUACAGGAACAGAACUUAGGUCCCAGUCAAAAUGUAAAGAAGUAUAGUUUGACAGCUUGAUUUUAACAGAUUUGAACAGAUGAUUUAAAAAAAUGGCCUUAAAAACACCUGUAAAUGCAAAUUGAUGAUAUUGUUUCAUGACCUAAGGACAACAAUAUCCAGAAAAGUAAAGUUAUAAAAAUGCUUCCAUCUAUUGGAAGGAAAACAUUUUGAUUUAAAACUGGAAUUGUAAACUGCCAACAAAUCUAAUAAACCAGCCAAGCUUCCAAA